UGAGAGGGUAUGCCAAUCCUUGAAGCAGUAGGUGGAAGAGUGGCCUUACAUGAAGAUAAGAUCCUGACUUGGGUAGCCAAGGAUGACUUGCCUAUGAUCUCUCCAUGGUCUUCAGUGCUGCAAUCAAAACCUUUGUGUGGUUUAUAGGCAGUCUCCUUGGCUAAUCUAAGUGGCUCUUUUCCUUCAUGCUAGGCUGCUUACUCUUUCUAUGUUCCAUGAGGUGUUAGUGCCAAGAAGAAGCUUAUGGUUGACUUUACAGUCCUGGAAUGGAAUCCUUAUCUUAACUGGUGGAAAGACAUAUCUUAGAAUCAGGUACCAGGCCACUGGUAUCAACUGGUCAUCUCAAUCAAUUUGUCUAUGUUCAUGCAUUGUUCUCUGGCAAUUGGAACUGAGAGUUAUCACUUUGCCCACAUCAUUGUUCUCUUGAUGUCAGAUGUUUACACAUUUUCAUUUGCUUCCCAGGUAUUCUUCACUUGGAAAUUUUCCAUUGUUCUUCAUGGAUCCUUAGCAUCCUCAUUAAUGGCCUCUGUUCUCUUUCACUAUGGACAGGGGAAAUGCAGUGUUUCUACGUUAGAAUCUCGUAUUCUUUAUGAUGGGCAUCGACUCACGUUCUCCUUCUUUUUCUGCAUAUGAGAUUUCUUUUCGUGAUUCGAGUUUGUUCUCUUGCACUAGGGAUGCAGUCAUGCUGUAUUGCGUAUGUAUGUAUAUGUAGUCAUGUGAAGUAUGCUUCUUUGAGGUGUUUCAGUUCUAUGACUGAUUCUUUAGCCAAUUCAUGUAAGCUUUGAAUUGGCUGACUAUUGUAGCCUGAUUCCUUAAAAGUGCAACUGGCAACAAUUCAGGAUUGUGUAUGAUGUGAGCCUUACUGAUGAUUGUUGGUCUCAGAAUAGUGGUUUCACUACUCAUUUAUCUUCACAACUGCUUCUCACACAUUCGUCUUGGAAUCUAAAGUGAAAGGCAUCAGCUGAUCUACAGGUUUGUUCUUGCCUUAAUACUUUUAAGUGGUACUAUACAUUUGAGAUGCAUUAUUUUGAGCCUGUGGUAUCUGUCAAUUUUGGUGAUCCAUCAGAACCAUAAAAAUGUGCCAAGUUUGGUAUUCAUUUGGAUGCCUAUUUGAGACACUUAUCACCUACAUGUUGGCAUUCUUUUAUUGCCUCCUUCUCUAGCUGAAUAUUCUGGGACAAAUUUCUUAAUUAUCUGAUCUAGGAUGCUUAUUCUACGCCAAUUCUACCACUUUAAUGAGUGAGUUAUCUGCUUCAGAUCAUUUGUCAGUCUAUUUUGUGACAUAACUAUUUGCUGCAACUUCUAACAUCCAAUUACAUGAUUUCUGACGCAUUAUCUGAUCCAUUACUGCUGGAAUACACGCUCAGGCAAAGGUGUUAGUCUUCUGCUUUUAAUCCGCUCUUUGUAUUUCUGUACUUAAAGUUUGUAUCUUUGAUCCAAUUUGCUUUGAAAAUUAAGAUUUUAAUGCAGAGAAGCUUUUUAACCAAAUAUGGAUCACUGGCCAUACUCGUGUGAUUGCCAGCCCAUCAAAGUGAAGUGCUGCAAGUCAAGCAAGAAGAAGAGAUGGUGAUUAGAUCUCCUGGUGGCAGCUGGUUGGUCUGUUCUUGAGAAUGCUUUUGAGACUAUAGGUUGAGGGUUUUCCAUCCCAUCAAAUUUUGAUCUGUCCAAGUCGUAGGAUCACUAGGAAAUAUAAUGGUCGAUUUCGUCUGUGAAUUUGGUCUUGUUGUUGCAGUAAUGAAAUGGUUAUAGCGGGUAGAAAAAGGAAAUCCAUGAAUCAUAGCUCUGCAUAAUUUCCAAUCUGUUGCUUGUAUAUGUGUAGGAAAGCAGAUUAGAUUUCAGGGAUGAUUCGUGAGGAAUCACAGUUCUGCGUAAGUCAUUGAGCUUCGAAAUAUGGUUCAAUGCAUCAGUUGCAGACAAAGGAUCCAAAAAAGAUUCUUGUGUGUGGUCUUCGUGACCUGAUGUAAAGCUUCAAGUAAAAGAAUCCAAGUUAAACUCAAGAGGAGAUCUAAAGAUGGCGUUAAAAAUGAGUUCGUAUCGUGUUUCUACCCCCCGCCGCUUCUAUUUAUAUAUAUACAUAUAUAUAUUACUUGACUAGAAAUCAACCAGAUGGCUCGUCUUUAGACCGGAGGAGCUCUUCCCUCCUCUCUGCUCUCUGAACUUGCUUUGGUUUGGUUUCGGGCAUUGCAUUCGGCGAUGACGCGGCCCAACAUCGACAUGAUCACCGCUUCUCUCCGGAACUGCUCUCUGAGAAGAGGCCGGAGGGAGCCAAAGCCGCCGCCGCUGCCACGGCGGCAGCAGCAGCGGCGCCAUCUCGUCGAGGACAGCGACGAGAUCGCGGGAGUCACGGUGGAGUUGAACUCGGGGACCGCCCUCCCGCACAACUGGGAGCAGUACCUCGACAUGAGGACAGGGGAAGUCUACUACAUCAACUGGGAGACCGGCAUCAGAACCACGGAGGACCCGCGAAACUCCACGAUCGCCUCAUCCUAUUCCGACGAAGGCGAGGCCUCGGAUGAUGAGGACAGCGGCUCCAGCUACGACGCCAGCGGAGAAACCACCGGCUCCAGCUACGAUGCCAGCGGAGACACCCCCGGCUCUUCCAGCCUUUCCUCCGCCUCCUCCACGGAGACCUCCGCGUCCGUCGAUGACGUUGGCAGCGGCGGCGGCGGCGGCCACGUCCUUGUCGCCGCCGGCUGCAGAGCCUGCUUCACGUACUUCAUGGUCCCUAAGCGCGCCCAUGUCUGCCCGAGCUGCGGUGGCCGCCUCUUCCACCUCGGCAACAACGGCUCCUCCUGAGCUGAUCCAGUGUCAAAGAUCGCGUUUUUAUGAACAUGCAAGUUGCAAUCUUUGUACCCUUUCUUUCCGAACUACACGCAGAUGUGAAUCAUAGAGAUGACAUCAGUCCACAAACAGGAGGGAUCAAUCAAUUGAAUUCAUUAAGAGUUCUCUUUAGAAUGUCAUCGUUGUUAUCAGUGGCUCAGUACCGCAAUCACGCACUCCGUGUGGGACUCUCUCGUCUUCUUCGUCUUCUUCCUCUUCAUCCAUGUUUGGUUCAGGCUCCACGCCAACCUGGACGCGGGGAACAAAAGCGUAGUGGACUCUGAAGCGAUGAGGUGUGCUUGUUUUCCCUGGUCCUGCCUCACUCCCCACGUCGCCCACGCCGAGCUCCAAUCUCAAAUCACGUCCACGCGUGCAUCUCAAAGCACCAAGAACGCAGAUCACGCGAUGGACACUCCGAAUGGGUACGAGAGGACCACGCCGGAAUUGGAUCUUUCGUCAUCCAUGGCAGUUGCGGGCCUUUGGGAUAUGGACGCGCGUGGAGAUCUACUUGUAUCCUUUCCUCUGUUCUGUAACGGAACGGUACUUUUGUAAGGGUCAUUUCGGAGAUCAUUGGCUUUGUUCCCCGUUGUAUUUUCUAUCGACCAUUACUUGUCUUUCUCAUGACGCAGUAAACAUAUGCUUUGGAUUCUACAACACCAAAGCCAAACCCCAACUGUGCAUAAGAAGCUUAAGAUAGUAGAAUUCUUUUGCCUUCUGGGGACUGAGAAGGGAAUAAGGUGGGUAGACGAAGGAGUUAACUGCUUCAGACAAAGGAACCUUUCGUCCUCUGGCAAACGGGAAUCUCUGCAGGGAGAGAGAGAGAGAGAGAGAGAAGAGUCAGUAUCGUCAGUUCCGACAACAUUUGCCAGCCACAAUCCAUCUAUUUGCGUGGUGAGACAUGACGCGUCCGAGGCCACAGCCAAAGACAGGUUGUGAUAAGAUACGGGGUGCAGCAACAGGAGCAGCAGCAGCAGUAGCCGUUUGCUGAAACCACUGUCGUCACUGUAGAUGCCACGAGUCCAAUCCAACCGCUACCAAUCUGAGCUGUAUUGUUGCUGUAAAGGAGCCAUAGCGAAAUGAUGCAAUCUAAGACUUCUUUAACUCCUCCCUUUCGCUGUCCUUUGAUGCCAGCCAGCGAUGUAUUCAUGGAACUUGGGAGCAAAUAGAAGUGACCAAAAUUGUUGCGAUACUGUAUCCUUUGGCCUUACAUUCCAACCAACAAGUUCCUAUUAUGUAUUUGUCCUUCCCAGGAAGAUGACAGAUACCCAACAGGCCAAAUUUGUUCCCAU